AUGUCAACUGAACAUUAUCAUCGUUUGUCAACGUCUGCCUCGUAUAUUUCAUCAACAAUGUCAAUUGAUGAUAUUCAAAUUUUAUCAACGUCUUCUUCUCUAUCUACUUCUACAUCAUCAAAUACAACCCAGGUCGUAGAGGUAAUUAAAGAUUUAAUUGUACGUUGGGUAUGCAGUGAUAUUCGUCCUUUUCCACAAUUGAUGAUGAUGGUCUUAGAGAACUUAUACAAGAGUGCGUCAGAUUGGGUAUACAUCUUUUUUGAUUUUAUAUUUAUUGAAUAUACUGUCUUAGGAAGUAUUUAUGGAAAUAUUGAUGUCAAUGAUAUUCUUCGUGGUCGAACAGUAAUAUCUACUCAUAUACAAUCUGCUUCAAGAUCCUGUCGUCAACGUAUUAAAGAUUUACUACAGGAGCCAUACAAUAGUAGAUGUUUGUCGAUAUCACCAGAUUUCUGGUGCGAUAAAUACAAGCAAGUUGCUUAUCUCAGUGUUACAGUUGUUAUUGUCGAUAAAGAUUUUAAAUAUUAUACAAUUGGUUUGUUCUGUAAACCAUUUCAAGAAUCUUAA